AUGGCACAGCGCGUCGCGACCCAGCACGGCGGCGAACCCAACCUGCUCGACACCACUGGCCUGUGCCUGCUGUCGCUCGAUGGCGGCGGCGUACGCGGCCUGUCAACGCUCUACAUCUUAAAGAGCAUCAUGGACCGACUGAGCCGAGAGCUCAAGAAGGAUCCUCCACUGAGGCCAUGCGAGGUGUUUGACCUCAUCGGGGGGACCAGCACUGGCGGACUGAUUGCCAUCAUGCUUGGCCGGCUCGAGAUGAGCGUCGACGAAUGCAUAGACGCAUACAGCGAGCUCGCUGCAGACGUGUUUGGCGAGAAACUGCACCGGCUUCCAGUCACUAUCAGGGGUGCAGUUCAGUCGCGAUUCGACUCAGGGAGACUGGAGAAUGCGAUUCGAAAUGUGGUAGCCCAAAGCGGUGCGUCUGAGACCGCCUUGUUCAACGACGGGGUGGAGCGAGGGUGUAGAACCUUUGUAUGCUCUAUCGACCGCGACACAAAGGACAUGGUUCGUCUCCGAGACUAUAGCCUCCCUCAUGAGCCAGCCGUCCGUGCGACCGUAUGUAAAGCUGCCCUUGCAACGUCUGCUGCCACCACCUUCUUCAACCCGGUUAGCAUUGGAGACCGUAGCUUUGCUGACGGCGGCUUUGGUGCGAACAACCCAGUAGACGAGGUGGAAGGAGAAGCAGCUAAUAUCUGGUGCUCGGAAACGGGAGACUUAAAGCCGCUAGUCAAGUGCUUCAUUUCUAUUGGGACCGGUAACCCAGGCAAGAAGCCGUUCGAGGACGGUCUGCCUAAGUUCUUAAGUGAGACAGUGGUGCAGAUUGCAACUGAGACAGAGGCAACCGAGAGGAAGUUUAUCGCUCGGUGGGCCAAGCACUUCGACGAGAAGCGGUAUUUCCGCUUUAACGUUGAGCAGGGACUACAGAACAUCGGACUAGAGGAGUAUAAGAAGAAGGGCGCUAUUGAAGCUGCUUCGGAGGGGUAUCUCACGCACAUGGCACAGAAGCUCCGGGUGCGGGACUGCAUCAAGAACCUACAGCAGAAGCAGAGUGUGUAUAUUGAGGACUUUGCCUAG